CGGAAGUUCAGAUGUGACCGAAAAAGAUGGCGGGGGAUUCCUCAAUGGAGCUUCUGUUUUUAGAUACGUUUAAACACCAGAGCGCAGAGCUUACUAAUGUGGAUGUGGUGCGGUUUCCAUACGGUGUGUUGAUCACAGAAGUCCGAGUCAUCCCUCCUGGUAUCAAGGCCCACAGCAACCUCCCAGACAGUAGAGCUUUCGGGGAAACGGCCCCUCAUGCAUUCCAGUUGGACCUGUUCUUCAACAACGUCUCCAAACCCAGCGCCCCAGUGUUUGACCGGCUGGGCAGCUUGGAGUACGAUGAGAAUAAGUCAAUUGUCUUCAGGCCCAAUGGCAAGAUAAAUACAGAUGGUCUGGUGCUGCGUGGGUGGUACACGUGUUUAACGUUGGCGGUGUACGGUACAGCUGAACGCCCCCACAGCCAUGAGCGCGAUUCUCCACCCCCACCUCCACCCCCUCCGCCACAGCAACAGCCACCUACCUCCAAGAGGAAUGUCAAGCAUGAGUGGGAAAAUGAGGAGCAGUUUAAUGGGAGCCCACCAAGACCACAACCCAGAGGCCCUCGUACCCCGCCAGGGCCUCCACCUCCAGACGAUGAUGAUGAGGAUGCAUUGCCUGUGCCAGGCCCAGUAAAGGAGGAGAGUGUGGAGCGUGGGGACGAUUACCUGGAGCCCGUUUCUCCGGAGCGUGGUUCUCUCCCUCCUGAUGAUGCAUACUCAGACCCAGAACAGGAGGAAGACGAAGGACCAGCAGAGGAAGAAGACGAUGAUGCCCGGUCUGAAGGAAGUGAAGCUGAAGAGGAGGAGGAGGAGGAUGAGGAAGAGGGUGAGGAGGAGAUGGAGGAUGAUGGCGAAGGUGAUGAUGGCUAUGAGCAAAUCUCCAGUGAUGAAGAAGACCUGGAGAGCGGGGCUUUUAAGUUGCCAGCGUUUGACCUUGACUACACACCUGAGGACCUUGCCUCGCUACCAACGGUCCAGUACGAUCCCUAUGAACGGGAGCUCCGCCCCCUCCAGCACUUUACCCCACCCCAUAUCACGCAUUAUGAGGCAGAACUGAACCGCCUGAAGGGAAUGGAUCUCCAGGACCAAACGUCCUCGUCGGCAGAGUCUGCAGCUAAGUUGUCAGAACUGUUAGAGGCCUGGGGGGAGGGACCAGAAGCAGAACGUGGAGCAGGAUGGGUAACUGCAUUAGAGGAAGUUCCAGCCUUGCUGGUGAAAGGCUUGAGUUUCUUGUCAGUUAAGGACACUGAGGGCCAGAAAGUGCAGCUGAAGCUGCUAGUUGAAUGGACAUCUGAAGCGCUUAAUUUGGACUCUGCUCUAGCACAGCCAAUUGCUCUGAACCUCCGGCAGCUAAAAGCGGGGGCCAAACUGGCCUCUUCUCUUGCAGACUGCGGCACCCAGGCUGUGCAAGUUCUGUUGGAAAAGGGCGUUGUGGGCCGCUUGCUGGAACUGCUGUUUGCAGAUCACGUGUCUUCCACUCUGAAACUUAGUGUGCUGCGCUCCCUCGACAGCAUCAUAAGCGAACCACAGGGCAUGGAGGCGCUUCUCAGAGAGGAUCACCAUGACAACGAAGGGACCAGCGGGUAUCAGCGUCUGCUCGAGCUGUUCCUGCUGGACCAGACAGUCCGAGUGGCCACAGCGGGUGCAGCCAUCUUGCAGAAGGGGCAUUUUUAUGAAGUGCUGACUGACCUUCAGAAAACAGCAGGCACAUGGGCUGAGCGCCAGCAUGGAGAAGGUGAGGCUGGAGAGAGGGAGAGAGAAAGAGAAAGCACUGACAGAGAGGGGGAAGAGGGAGAGCGGGAAAACCUUGAGGCAGAGCCAGAAAGCCCAAUGGAUAUGGAUACUCUGCUGGAGUCCGCUUCUCUGUCAGAGGCUGACCUGGAGAGGCUGCAGGGUCUGCUGGAAGAGUUGCACCACCUGCUGGAGACAGCGCCACACUGCAUGGUGCAGCCGCCUAGCAAGGCUUUCCCAACCACGGCUCGCAUCACUGGACCCCCAGAGCGAGAUGAUCCCUAUCCAACGCUAUAUAGGUAUAUGCAUGCUGCUCACUUCUUGGAAUCUUUAGCAGUUGUCUUGACCUCUCCAGCUACUUGUGCCCAUGUUGGCGUCCUGCAGGCAGUUCGAGAGCUGCUGCGCUUCCUGUCGCAGACCCAGCAGGGUCUCCUUUUCCUCCUCAGCCAGCACGAGCCCACCAACCUCCUACUGCGCCUGCUCACACCACUUACACAUCUGGCUCCUGUAUCUCACCUGGCCCACCUGGCUCCUCUGACCCCUAUGUUGGAGAGCGAGGGGGAGGAAACCUCCCCAGGAGCAGAGGGCUCUUUGGACGAUGGGUUUUGGGUGUGGUUAAUGCAGGCGCUACAUGCCCUUCAAGCUGUUGCAGAGCUUAAUGUGCCAGAGCUUGAAGAAGGCGACAACCCAGAUGUCCUGUCAACACUUCACAACCUCUAUCUGAUUAGUUUUAGUAGCACAGGCCGAAGUGCAGUCACACAUGCACUCAGCCUAGACAGUAACCUUAGCUGUCUGGUCAACCUGCUGGAGCACCAUGCCAAAGAGGGACAAGGGGAAGGAAAAGCUAGAAAGUCUGUAACUUACAACUAUGCCUGCAUGCUUGUGCUGCUGGUGGUUCAGACCUCCACUGAGCUGAGGAUGAUGGAACAUUAUGUUGCCCCAUUGCUCAGUAUUUGCAAAGCUGAUGAAAACAAUGCAAAACUUCAGGAGCUGAGUAAGUGGUUGGAGCCACUUGAAAAGCUGCGCUUUGAUAUAAGUGGCAUCCCAACCCUUAUUGAUUAUAUCAAACAGAACCUGGAAAAUUUAAUGACGCCUGAAGGGGUGGGCCUUGUUACUGCUCUACGAGUGCUUUGUCACAUUGCCUGUCCACCAUCUACUGUAACAGGCCAGCAGAAGGACCUGAAGUGGAACCAGGCAGUGAUAGCACUAUUCAGUGCUGAGGGAAUGGACACCUUUAUAAAGGUUCUUCAGAAGCUGACAUCAGUGCUUCUGCUCCCGUGGCGACUGCAUGGACCCAUGGGCACCACAGCACAGAGGGUGACAAUGCUGUCCGUGGCUUCCUGUGCAUUGAGACUCAUCAGAGCUAUGCUUACCGAGCUGCUGUGCGGCGGGGCUUGCGAGUUUCGUGACGUCCGUGUUCCCGCUGUCUGUGUGACCCUGCACAUGAUCAUCUGCUCCACCCCAGCAACUGGUCGCCUGGACACAGAGGAGCUGCGUAUCCAGGGUGACAUUGUCGAGGUGUUGCUAACUUUCACACAUGCAGUGAGUGAGCAGGAGACAGGCUCAGAGGAGACGGUGGCAGGAAACAGCUGGUCUCUCAUGCUGAAGGAGGUGUUGAACUCUGUCUUGGCUGCGCCAGAGAACAUAUACAGCAGUCUCAGUCUCUUGUCUGAGCUGCUGCCACUACCACUGCCCAUGCAGACCACACAGGCACUGUCAGUCCAAGAUGUUGGAGUUGCAAUGAACACACGCAAGCUGUGGAGUAUGCACCUGCAUGCUCAGGCACGCGUCUUACAGGACGUGCUCCGGUGUGUGUGCGUGAGCAGCUGCCCACCUCUCCUUUCCAUGCUUCGACGUGUGUGUGUACAGCUCUGUGACCUGGCAGCACCUACUGCCACACUCGUCAUGAGGACCUUGCUGGAGCAACUACAUGAGGAAAUGCAACAGGAAGGAGUGACCUCACAGUUGACAAGGCUACUUGCCCUGCUGGACUCAUUGGUGUCUCAGCGCUCUUGUAAGGCAGCCAUGUUGGCUCUUCUGGGCGGAACCAUGCGCAGCGAAGCGCGAGGCGAGGGGCGGGCUGAUGACAAGCUGACGGACAUGCUCCCCUCUCUGCUGUCUAUGCUCCUCCCACCAGCAGAUGCCAGUCUAUCAGUGCAGCAGAAUGCUGAAUUGACAGCUUCUAUUAUCCAGUCGUUGUGUGAUCAGGACAUUUCACUGAUAGUGAGCGGCUCAGGGGAAGUCUGUGUGUCUGAGGCAGAACAGCUGGCCAAUGCCUUGCCUUCAAGGGACAUGAUGCCAGGUAUAUGUGACAGAAUGUUGGAAAUACUUGGGCACAAUCACAGCAGCUACACACUCCAGCUCACCUGCCUUAGAACAAUGAUGUUCCUGACAGAGCAUGACUAUGGCCUCUAUCACCUGAAGAGCUCCCUGAAGAAGCACUCUUUAGCUGUGUCAUCACUGCUCCGGAGGGAAACCACAUCAUUUAAUAAAGAAUCAGCUGAGCUGCUCUCUGCUUUGUUGGACUUCCUACGCCAGAUCCUCAACAAUGAGUCUAUGGAUGAAGAUAUGGACUCGCGCUCUCUGGCACUGAGCGUGAGUGAUAUGAAACAGCUGCUGCAGUGGAAAGAUGACUCAGCGGAGCAUCCACUGCCAGAGCUGGAGAAGCACAUCACGGAGCUCUUUAAAGAUGAUGAUUCAUUAGAGGCUCUAGUGGAGAAUGUGGUGGGACUCCGGCAGAUCCUGGAGGGUUCUGGAGAUGCUCCAGGCCACACAGAACCUGAAACAGAGCCUACCCUACCUUCUCCAGAGCCGCUACAGACACAGUUUAAUAACAGGACAGUGUAUGUUCUGUCUGAUAUGUUGGAUGAGCAGCUAAGGGCUCUUUGGUUUUCCCCAUUCCAGCCAGAUGACAUGGAGACAGACCAGGAUAUGGUUAAAGUAGAUCUGGUGGCACUGGCGCAGCAGUGUUGUCCUGAUCUGGACCUGAAGGCAGAGUUAGAACGCUCGUUCCUCAGUGAGCCUGCCUCCCCAGGCCACAGCAAACCGGCCAAGGGCUUCAGACUGGGCAAGCAUAAACAUGAGACCUUCAUCACCUCCAGUGGUAAAUCAGAGUAUGUGGAGCCUGCCAAGCGUGCUCACAUAAUGGCCGCCCCUCGUGGUCGGGGCCGCGGUGCCUUUGGGCAGCUCAGCCGGCCGCACGACAUCUUCCGACAGCGCAAACAGAACACCAGCCGACCGCCCUCCAUGCAUGUGGAUGACUUCCUGGCUGCAGAGUUCAAAGAGGUCAGCCUGCCUACUGGCCUGGCACUCCCUAAACGCCCUCCCAAAGGAGGAGGAGCAAAGCCACCUGCUAGAGGCUUGUUUACUGGAGGAACUAGAGGGAGGGGCUUCCAGAGCCACACUCGUUUCUUCACUCCACCUGCCCCCAAGAGUGCACUGCUUGCAGGUAAUUACCCUCGUCGUGAAGGUGGCCGUGGGUCCACUUGGAGUGCUCCAGUCACAGCUGUUACUCACAGAGGAACUUACAGUGAACCUCGAGGAGGACAAAGUAACUUCACUCGACCAUUGCCAUCAAGGCAACCACCGACAGGUGCAUACCGGUUGGCUCCACGGGACCGUGCCCCAAGAGGAAGAGGCACUGGUUUGUCCUGGCUAAGUGGAGGCGGACUUAGUGUAGGAGGAGGUGGAGUGAGUGAUAGUGGGCGUGGCCAAGGAAAAUUCAGUAGCAGCGGGAGUGGAGGCGGUCGUGGCCGGCAUGUCCGCUCAUUUACCCGCUAACAACUGUAAACUGGCCAAGAACAUUUAGCCAUGUGGCUCUAAAGGACCAAUCAGGAUGUGGAUUUGCAGUAUCCAUGGAAAUGUUGCGUCAUUGUGUUUAUUGCUCAUUUUUGUGUUGGAAACUGAUUAAAAUCUUGUGAAUAUCUUC